AUGUGUCUCGCAGACUAUAUACGUAGACCUCUUGUUAUUACACUACUCGUCAUAACGAUCUGCGAUACAACCUCGGCCAUUGCGGAUACCGCUACAGAGCAGACGAGCUUUGCCGACGAUGCCUCGAUCGACGCUGUACCUUUAUUCCCAGCCGGCCACCAUGACAGUGCCAUCAUGGCAGCCAUGGUCAUUGACAUGACACGUCAGAAUCGCUUCGUAGAAGUCUAUACAUUGUAUAGACUUCUACGAAGCGAUUCUACCACUGCUGAAGCGCACAAGACCUCGGCCACUGACGAAGAGAGGGAAAUUAUACUCGCGACCGUGGAUAGCGAUCAAAAGACUGGUGACAAAAGAUGA